AUGUCCUCGAAUACAAAGUCUGAGCUAGACACCAAAGCAUAUGGCAGCAGCUUUCUCGAUGAUCUAGGACCUCCGAUCAGAAGGUAUCCGUACAAGGGAACUAAACAGUUUUUGGAAACUGUAGAGAUGGAGCUAAGUCGUCAGGAAGAGGAAUUUGAGGCCAGUGAGUGGGUGCUUUUUACCAAGGUUAAUGCGCAGACCUUCAGUCGUGACUUCCUGAAGUCGAACGGCAAUAUCCUUCAGAGAUGCUGGAAGUCUUACGACUCUUCUCAACACCUUCUUCUUGUCAGAGUGACAGUCUCACGCGCUCAUGAAAUCGCGGCACACGUAUUCGAGAGGCUUUUCUUUAAAUGUCUCCAGCCAAUGGGUCUCGAUAACCGUGUUCAUACCUUUGGAUCCGCUACUUGCAAAGCUGAAAACGGCUCUGCCAAACAACCCGACUGCCAAUUUUUAUCAAAAAGGCUUCCUCGAGCUCGAACGAAGAAAUGGCCCUCAGUUGUCGUGGAAACGGGCUUUUCAGAGUCGCCUUCUAAACUAAUGUCUGAUGCUCGGUUCUGGCUUUCUGAAUCAAGUGGUGAUGUUCAAAUGGUCAUUACAAUCAAGAUCGGUCGGAGCUCGCCUCACAUCGUGCUGGAGGCAUGGGAACGUGUGAACGAUAGGAUCCAACGCCAGCAGGUCGUGACUAUCAGCAAAGGCGAAAACAAUCAUGUCUAUCUCCGGAACCAGCCGUUUACUAUCAGCUUCAAUAAGCUUUUCCUUCGCCCACCAAGCAUUCCGAAAGAAAAAAACAUCAGCCUCGACGACGAUAUUCUGAAGGAAAUUGCUGAGAACGUCUGGGAAGAGCAGGGGUUUUAA